GAUAGGACAAACUGACAUUGUGAGUUUAUUGCCCAGAGAAGUAGUUCUCAAGAUAUUUUCACUAUUAUCUUUUCAAGAUUUGAUUCGUGUUCAAUUGCUUUGGAUGCAUCUAUCUGGCGGAAACGAUUUUACGAGCUCAAUUCAAGAUUUACUGAUAUUUAUGCACAUAAACCUAAUACAUGGAUUGAAUCAUCUUCUCUGCCAUGGAAAACCAGAUAUUGUCAAGCCAUUACAUUUGCUAAUUGGAGAAUGGGGACUGUACAGAAAUUGAACAAAUUGGAUGAUAACGAAGGCAGUAGGAUAUUGUCUGUCAAGCUGAGAGACCAAUUGUUGGUGACAUUAUCAGAAGAUAACGUAGUAAAAUUGUAUCAAUAUACCACUGAUACAGGUUUUACGUUUAAGUCCAAAUGGUGCUUUGGUGAUCCAAUUACACAGCCAAACUGUAUGAUCGAGUGUGUUGAUGUCUUGCCUGAUAUUCAUAUUUUGGUGGUAGCACAACGUGGAUCAAAAUGCAUGUUUUAUGAUAUUAAUAAAGGAUCCAAGCAUGAUCCAAUUCAAGUAUUAAAAGGUGGAAGUCAUCCUUGGUUUAUUCCUGAUUCAAUUUCGGUCAAUCAAGAUUACUUUGCAAUGGCUGGUAGAAAACCUUCGGCUGUAUUUGUCUGGAACUGGAGAAAAGGAGUAAGAUUGUCAAGUAGGGUAAGUGUGUGUGUGUGUAAAAAAAAGGAGCUUGUAUAAACACAUUUCUUGUUUAGGCGUUUGAUAAUCAACCUCACAAUGUCUUUUUAUCCGGAGAUAAUUUGAUUACAGUCAGUGUAGAUGGUUUAGUCCAUGUGUUUGAUAUUUUUGACAACAUAAAAGAUGCCAGAGUUACACACUAUUUAAAUGCCUGCAGUAUUCCUUGUAUUGACUACGACAAUUCGCUUAGUAUUGUGUUUGCACCACACGCUUCACGUCGAAUUCAUCACUAUAAAUGGAAUGAACAGGUUGAUGAAACGGU